CCUCGACCUCCCCCCAGGUGACAUGUCCUGAUCUUGCAACCUGGACUCGGUCUUCCGAUAAAUAGAUCAUCAAUCGCAACUUCUUCUCUCCCCCAUACCUUCUUUAGUUUUAUGUAGCACACCAUGUUUUCCGUUAUGAGUCCCAGUGUCCAUAUGUGUCCACCCAUGGACAAGUCAUACUCCACCCAUUCCUCGUACUCCUCCUCCAGCGAAGACUCGGUUCCGUCAAUGGGCCCUUACGACAUGUACGGCCUGAUGGGCAACAGCCUGGAGAUGGGGAUGCAACAGCUCUCUCCAGUGUACUCCGCCUCGGUCGAGUCCUCGUACUUUGGCUCGCCGGCAACACCAGAGCCGUAUCACGACUACGUCCCUCCAAUGUCAUACUCGCCAGACAUGUACGCCGCCGUGAACAUGUACCAGAACUUCUCCUCGGUGCCGAGCCACCCGUGGGCCCCCAUGCAAGAACCUUGCUACAGUGAAACCAUGACACCCGAGCCGUGCGACAUGGAGAUGUACAGCGCGGGGUCGGAGGUUUACGAGGCUCCUCUAGAGGUCAUCAAGCCUAUUAAACCCUUCGGCUGCGUAGACUGUGGCAGAGCUUUUACUCGCCCUGCGGACUUGCGACGCCACCAGACUAGCGUCCACAACCCCGUGCCCGAGGACUGUCCCGUGGAGAAUUGUCCGCGCAAGGCUAGCAAUGGCUUUCCCCGGCGGGAUCAUCUCAAGGAGCAUCUGCGGUCUUACCACCAUAUUGAUGUGCCUAAGCGGUCUAAGAGGGUGACGAAGACUGUUUGAUUUUUUUUUCUUCUUUUCUUUUCUUUUUUUCGUGAUCUUCUCUUCCUUUUCCCUUCUUCACUUCCUCUUCUAUACUUCCUCCUCUCUUCUAUUCUCUUCUUCUCUUCUCUUCUAUUCUCUUCUUCUCUUCCUCUCUAAACCCCUUUUAUGUGUGGAUUUCACGCGUAAUGAUCCCAUGUUUAUGUUCUACGUCGAUGCGGUAUGGAUAGAUAUGCGGAUGAAUUUGUGGGCGGCGUUAGCUGGUUAUACCGUGGGUCUACAAGUCGUUUUUAUUUCCAUUAUUUCUAUUUCUUUUCCCAUAUUUUUUUAUUGUUGAUUUUCUUUCAUAUUCUUUUCUUUGUUUAUUUUCCUUUGUCAUGCUUAUGAUAGACGACGGCGUUUCGCAUUAGAGGUGCCUUUCUUGCUUGCAUUUUGGAUGUUUGCUUGCAUUUGUAGCUUAUUCUAUAUUGAUAAUGUAUCCUAAC